UGGAUAGAACUGUAACUACAUGUUAUGAUUCAUGUCCUGUCCAUGCUGUGUUAAGCACUCAUUCAGUUCACCUGCCACGCCUGAUUGCUUACCUGUUCCACCUGGGCCUUGCCCUACUUAAACACCCCUCAGCCUCUGCUUCCCUGCCAGAUUAUCGACAACCACGAGCCAGUAGAGAUCCAGCGUUUCCUGCCAAGCCUUCUGUGUUUCUUCGACCCCCCUUCUGACCACGGAUUUACCCCUCCUGCCAAGCCCUUCACGGAUCCCUUCUAUUCUGGAUUUCUGGACCCUGACCCAAGCUCUGCCUCACGACCACCGAUUACCGCCUGCCCCUCUAAGCUAAGUCUGCUCUCUGUCCUCCUGUGUAUGACCUCUGCCUGUUUUUCGACAAAGUCUCUGGGUGCUGCAUCUCGGAUCUCCCCGUGGAGAUCUUCCUUGCCUCCACAGAAGCCUGUUCCUCUGGUUUCCUGCAUCUCCCUGUCAUCAGACCCUCUGUUCCUCUGCCCCACCCGUCCACUGCUCUACAGGUCCAGCCUGCAUCUCUCCUCACCACCUCAAACCCCUAAUCAUGACAGAAGGACCCGACCACAAAACAGUGAGGAAUGCAUACUCCAUCAACGUGGACCCAGCGGACUGGUCAGCGUUGAUGAAAGACGUCAAGCGCUACGCUAACGAGGUAGCAAAGCCUUACGACCUGGUCAGUCGCCUCAGCACUGCCACCCGGAUAUUGACCAGGUUGGAACAAUGGCUCCCUUGGCACUCGCAUAGGGGUCUGGAGUAUCUGUUCCAGGAGACCGACUGGGAAUUUCGGACGGCGAGGGCGGUGUUGGCAGGAGAACCUCUACCAACCAGGCCUGUCAACUCCCUAUUUCCCAGUGCGGACCCAGCGCCAUCCGCUCCUACUCCUGCUCCAGCCUCCGUUCCUGCUUCAGCUCCUGCUUCUACUCCGGUCUCACCUCCGCCUGCUCCAGUGUCCGUUCCGGCUGGAGCACCAGCCUCAGCUCCACCGGUUCCUGCCUCAGAGUCUGCCUCCGAGUUGGAUUCAGCUCCAGUUUCCGUUUCAGCUAGACUGCCCGCCACACCUCCAGCUGCACCCACAGGUGACUCGGCUCCUCCUGUUGCCACCCCGGUCUCUUCUCCUCCAACCAUCGUCCCCAUGAUUAUGGGGUUCCAGGCGGCCAAGCUGGCGCCUGGACGUCAGGCGGCUCGUCUGGCAGCAUGGCCCGCCCCAGCGAGAUUCCCCGCUGUCCCUCCUGAGCCUGCCGCUGUUGCGGCGUCCCCGCCGCCCAAGCCUGUGAUUCCUAGUGCUCCCUGCGCUCCGUCCAAGCCUCCUAGUGCUUCCUGCGCUCUGUCCGAGCUUCCGCCCAAGCCUCAAGCCAGUCCGCCCGCCUACUUUUUGUACAACACAAUAACAAUCCCUGUCGGGAUUUAGGUUUUUCUGAGUUCUCUGUAUGUUUAGGAUUCUGUCUUAUUUUGAUCCUGUUCCCUGUGAGUCCUGUCUUCCCUGUUGAUUUCUCCCAGCUGUGUCUACUUCCCUGAUUACCCUCCUGGUAUAUUUAACACCACCUGUUGUCUCUGUCCUUUGUCGGGUCCUCGUCAAUGUUACGUCCGUUGUCCGUCGUAAGUCUUUUGUCGUUUGUCUGCGCGCCAUCACAGUCGAACUGUUAAGUCCUGUGUUGGUUCCUUUCGUAUUCAGUCUUCAGUUUUUUAUUAUGA